AUGGAGGCAACUGCUCAUGCGGGGUCGACCUCUCACCCUGCUCGCGCGGGAUCGAAACAACCGCCUGUGCGGGGCCGGUUGUCGAAACCCGCGCAGGCGGGACUCAUCCUGCGUCGGCGGGGACUCGCCCGCUCGCGCAGGACACGCAGGAGUUCCCCAGGAGAUUCUCCUGGGGGGCGGACUUAUAGUGAAACAAGAGGAAUGCACCGAUCUUUUGGCCGACUCAUCCUUCAGCUUUCUUCUUCCUUGACAUACCUCGACAUCGCCGGCGUUAUUCUAGCCUCACCCACCUUAACAUCUCUGAACCACCUCACCGGCCUCGUGAAGCUCAAAGUGAGCUUAGCGCAACAGCAUGUGGCCCAUCUGUGUUCUUCUGCUCUAGCAUACCCACGGGCUCAGCUCUGCUUGCCAUCGCUUCAGCAACUCACCAUCCGAGUUCUCCCGCAUGCUUUUCAAGCGUGUAUUCAACUGCUCUCCAUCUCAACAUUGGCUCAACUCCGAGUGCUCAAGGUGAAGGCGUUGGAGGAUCUAUGCGACCCAAAUGCGUUAUUCGCGACCCUUAAUGAACGGCAGAUGUUCCUUCUUGAAGAAAUAGCUCUUGAGAGGGACGAAAGCUUUGGGGAGUCGGACACAGUCGCUGUGCAGCCUCCCCAGCACCUCUACGGUCCUCCCCCGGUUCCCCUCACGGAAGAAGACGUCGCUCCCCUGUUCUCCUUUAAGAAGUUGUCCCUAUUCCGAAUUUACCACUGCGACCACUAUAAGUCCGCCCACCAGGAGAAUCUCCUGGGGAACUCCCGCGGGUCCUGCGUCGGCAGGAACUCACCCGCCGGCGCAGGAUGA